AAUGGGAUAAGGUUGUUGUUCAAAGCCCGUGACAGAACCCUUUUUCGUUGACCCCCCAGUACUAAUGUACCCUUUAACAUAUAAACACGUACGUUAAAUUGAAAAGCUUAGUCGAAUACAAUCCUGAUCACUCCUGAAGAUACUCAACCAGAAAAUAUGGCAAAUAUAACCUUUUUGGAUCCCUCAACACAGCAAGAAGAUACAGAUCUCAUUUUUUCAAGCGAUGCCAUUCCUUACAAAAGAAAACCUUAAAUUGAAAAUGAAUUCGUUCGACAUACAAUAUCAAAAUUCGGUAAAUAUAGACCAAAGCAAAGUCCUUCAGAUAAUUAUAGAAUCACAACUUAUCCACCUUAUGUAAUUUAGAUGACUUAUUUUAAGCAAUUUAAUGAAUCUAAUAUAAUUUAUGUUGGAGGAUGGAAAACAGGCUAAAGAAGUGGUUAUGGCAUAUAGUAUUGGCCAUCAGGUAGCAUUUAUGUAGGAGAAUGGAAAAAUGAUAAAACUAAUGGACAUGGAAGAAUGAUACAUCAAAAUGGAGAUAUGUAUGAAGGAUAUUGGCAAUAGGAUUAGGCAGAAGGGGAAGGAAUAUUCUAUCAUAAUGAUGGAGCAUAUUAUUAAGGGGAAUGGAGACAAGACUUAUAAAAUGGAAGAGGCAAAGAAGUUUGGCCAGAUGGAGCAUGGUAUGAUGGGGAAUUUGUCAAAGGAAAAAAAGAAGGUAGAGGGAAAUAUACCUUUUCUGAUGGGUCUUAUUAUGAAGGAGAAUUUGUGGACAAUUAGAUCUAAGGUGAAGGUUUAUAUGUGUGGGUUGAUGGUCGUAAAUAUAAGGGCAGUUGGCUAUAAGGAAAGAUGAACGGAAAAGGAGAGUUCAAUUGGCCGGAUGGCAAGAAAUAUGUAGGUAGGACUAUAAUUUAGUUUUAGGCAACUAUAAAAAUGGUAGAAAAGAUGGAUAUGGGGAAAUGUAAUUUCAGGAUGGAUCAUACUAUAAGGGAUAUUGGAAAGAAGGAAAUAUGCAUGGAGCUGGUACAUUAAAAUAGUUGGAUCAAGAGAAAAUUGGUGAAUGGUUUGAAGGUAAAUUCUAAAGGGAUUGAUUAAUUUUUAAUAAAUACAAAAAUUAACAAACG